AAGUUUUUUUUUAAUUGUUUGGUCUGCCCUAAUGGCGACGUUUGUGUUUUGUUUGGUUAAAUUCGGCUUCGAUUCAAGACGAAUUGGAAGAAAGUAAUAGUGGUGUUUCUGAAGUGGUAUUUGUAAAGUGUACUCAAGUAUUAUAUACUUCUAAAUAAUGUUUAAAAACACAUUUCAGAGUGGGUUUUUGUCAAUUCUGUACAGUAUUGGAAGUAAACCAUUACAGAUUUGGGAUAAAAAAGUGCGGAAUGGACAUAUAAAAAGAAUAACAGAUAACGAUAUUCAGUCUCUUGUUUUGGAAAUAGUAGGAACUAAUGUCAGUACAACAUUUAUUACAUGCCCAGCCGAUCCUAAAAAAACUUUGGGUAUCAAACUACCAUUUUUGGUUAUGAUAAUUAAAAACCUCAAGAAAUACUUCACAUUUGAAGUUCAGGUAUUAGAUGACAAAAAUGUCAGAAGAAGGUUUAGAGCAAGCAAUUAUCAAUCCACUACGCGUGUGAAGCCCUUCAUUUGUACAAUGCCCAUGAGAUUAGACGAUGGUUGGAACCAGAUUCAAUUCAACUUGGCCGACUUUACCAGAAGAGCAUAUGGAACAAACUACAUUGAGACGCUUCGAGUGCAGAUACACGCAAAUUGUAGGAUACGUAGAGUUUACUUCUCCGACCGUCUCUACUCUGAAGAUGAACUGCCUGCUGAGUUUAAGUUGUUUUUACCAAUACAAAAUAAAGUUAAACAGUGAAGUUGAAAUACAG